UGUGAGUGAGGGUGUGUGUAUUGUUCUUGUCCUCCUCUUAGUCAGAGGCUCACAGACAGCUGACGGUAAAACAUCAACUCCAAGCAGAGAGAGGAAGGAAACAAGACAGACAGAAAGGACUCUGGUUCAACCUGCAGCAGCACUCAGAGUCUUACAAACACAAACACUGUUCUCCGAGGUAACCCAUCACGUCCAUCUGGACUUCCUACCUCUUGGUGAGAUGGUCCUUCCCUCAGUAUUCGUCUUUGCCUACUGGGCAAGUUUUCUGCUAGAGUUUGGUUGGUGCCGAGACGGGGUGUGUCUUCAGGAUGGACAUCACAAACCCAAACCCAGUCCAGAGCCAGGUCUUAAGGAAUGCUCACUGUACAUGGAGAAUGCUUGCUGCUCGGAGCAGGACAUCGAGGAUCUUACUGCUCUGACUGACGGUGUACCGUGGGACCGCUGUGGCUCUCUGAGCCCAGUGUGUGAGGAGUUCCUAAAGCGAGUCAUCUGUUUUUACCGCUGUUCUCCCAAUGCCACAUAUUGGCCACACCCUCAGGGUGGCUCCUCCCUCAGGGCGGUGCCUCUGUGUCACAGCUUCUGCAAAGACUGGUAUGAAGUUUGUAAGUCAGACCUCACAUGUGCUCGAGACUGGACCAGCGAUCCCAGAGGACUAAACUGCACCGGCAGCUGCAUACCAUAUCACCAGAUGUACCAGCAUGGCCGAGACCUCUGCGAGAGCUUCUGGGGUGACGCCUUCAUGACGGUGGACAAUGAAGCCAUGGAGGUCAAAGGACAUAGCUGUGGGUGUCUGAACCUCAACGCCUCAGACCGAGAGGUCAUAGCUGCUCUGAGAACACAGAAAGACGACCUGAAUGAUCUGGACACCACCAAACACCGUGCACACACCCUCUGCACUCCCAGUGUAGCCGCAGCACCACAGCAGAGGAACAACGACAAGUCAGUGUUACACAAGCGCUCGGCUCCGCCCAUACACGACCCAGAGGGCAGCGGCAGCGGCUUCUAGGAUCCCAGUCGAAUGGUCUCAACAAUUUAGUAUCGGUUCUGGAGCACAGAAUAUAAUAUAACGUCUCAUUCUAGAAUGUCUCGAUUGUUCUAGGGCACCUUUGUUUUAGGUCACAAACCCAGAUUCCAGGUACAAAAGUAUGUGCACCCCUGACCAUCACGUUGACUGUGUUUGUCUUAUUCAGAGCGACUUACAUUUCUAUCUCAUUUUUUUAGGCAUCUGAGCAAUUAAGUGAUAAGGGCUUUGCUCAGGUGCACAGCAGUGGCAGCUUUGUGGACCUGGGAUUCGAACUCACAACCUUCCAAUUAGUAGACCAACACCUUAACCACAAGGUACCACGUCCCCCAACACCAGCAUGUGGGUCCCCAAACUGUUGCCACAAAGACUGAAGACUGAAAAGUCUUUACAGAUUCCCUUCAGUGGCUUAACUCAUGUUCCAGCAUAACAAUGUCCCUCUGCACAAAGCAGCUCCAUGAAGACAUGGUGUGGACAUUAAGGUUGAUGACAGUGGAAGAAGUCAAGUGUCACGUCACGUCACGUGUCCAACACUGAGCCCGGACUAAGGCUUAACCCCACUGAACACCUUUGGGAAGAACCAGAACUGGAGUCUCGUCAACAUCCCGACAUCAGGAUCUGAUCUCACUAAAGCUCUUGUAGCUGAAUGAACACCAAUGCACACAAACACAACCCAACAUCUAUAGUUAGUGUUGUAAUCUGGAGUGAGACUUUUAACAAGAAGCACAUAUGGUUGUGAUGGUCAGGAGUGCACAAACUUUUGGCUUUAUAGUGUGUUUCUAUUGCACAUACGUUCACAGUAAGAUAUGUAUAAUUCUACUGCGUUUCAUGAUAAACAGCUUCUUACUGAAAUGUUCUAAUGUACCUCAGACCAGAUUGUUUGUUUUCCUGAGAAACUCUAUUGUCUGUUAUUCUACUGUGCCAAUGAUAAAGAUUCAAUAAAGUUACUUAGCAUUUGAAUUUAGGGAAUAAAA